GUGAUAACACCUUAUAAAAAAUACAAUAGUAGGAAAAAAAAGAGAACAUGAAAUCAAAUUCACUCCCAAGAAAACUCACAUUCUCCGAUCCAAAAAAGGAAUUAUCAGAUCUCGAUCGAAAGAAUAAAAUUAAAUAAAUACACACACAGUGUUUAAUUAAAAUGUUGUAUUGUUGCAGUAGCAGUAGCAGUAGUGAGGUUAGAUCUCAGAGUUCGGAGUUGAAAUGCAGCCAAAUCUGUUCUCAAUCGGUAGCGUAUUCGGGAAUCCUUUUCUGUUAAAUGCUGAUUCAGGAGAAGACGGUGUCGGUUUUGGAUUUGAGCGCUCCAGAUUAUUGUUUUUGGUUCCGUUUUUAUUGUUACAAGGAGUAGGAGGAGGAGGAAGCAGCGGCGGAAUGGAUUUGUCUAAAGUUGGUGAGAAGAUUUUGAGUUCUGUUCGCUCUGCUAGAUCUCUCGGUCUCUUGCCUCUCACUAUUGAUCGACCUGAGGUUCCAGCUCGAGCUGCAGCAGCAGCUGCUGUUGCUCGCGUGCUUGCAGGAAUGCCUCCUCAUCAGCGGUUUAAUCUUCCUUCAAGUUCUGAAGAACUACGAUCAAUAUAUGGAAGCAUACCACAACGUCACAUGGUGGAGGAGCUGGAAGAAGACUUCUAUGAAGAGGAUUUUGAUCCAGUUAGGCAUAUUCUAGAGCAUGUUCCAUCUGAAGAAAAUGAGUUAUCGUAUUUUGAGGAACAGGCCACACUUAGAUUAGCUCAACUAGACAGAGUAGCAGAGCGUUUAUCUCUUCAUGUCAUGGAGCAUCAUGAAGUAAUGGUGAAGGGGAUGAAUUUGGUGAGGGAAGUAGAGAAAGAUUUAAAGGUUGCUAAUGUCAUCUGCAUGAAUGGUAGAAGGCACCUGACUUCAUCAAUGAAUGAGGUUUCUAGGGAUCUUGUAGUGAAUACUAAUUCCAAAAGGAAACAAACACUCCUGGAUAUGCUUGCAGUAUUAACUGAGCUUCGUCGUGCAUUGGACAUGCAAGUGGCACUUGAAUCCCUGGUUGAAGAAGGAAAUUACUGCAAGGCAUUCCAAGUCCUAUCCGAGUAUUUACAGCUAUUAGAUAGUUUCUCAGAGCUUCCAGCAAUACAGGAGAUGAGCCGUGGGGUUGAGGUUUGGCUGGGAAGAACCCUUCAAAAACUGGAUGCCCUUUUGCUAGGAGUGUGCCAGGAGUUCAAGGAGGAGAGUUAUAUAACAGUAGUUGAUGCAUAUGCUUUAAUUGGAGAUAUCUCUGGUCUUGCUGAAAAGUUGCAAAGCUUCUAUAUGCAGGAAGUUUUAUCAGAAACCCACUCUGUGUUGAAGAAUACUGUGCAGGAGGAUCUGGAAAUACAGAUGCAGAACAGUAGACUUACCUACAGCGAUCUAAGCCUUCAGAUACCUGAAUCUAAGUUCAGGCAGUGUUUGUUGAGAACAUUAGCAGUCUUAUUCAGGUUGAUUAGUUCCUAUCAUGAAAUAAUGAACUUCCGGCUGGAGCACAAGGAUUUGGCAUACCAAACAUCUGACAUGAAGCAGGAUUCCUUAGGAAGCAAUGGAUCUCCCCGUGAAUCUUUAGAUAGAAUGCUUGAUUCAUCUCCUACCGAGGAAUCUACAACAACUUACAUGUAUUUAGAUUCCAAUUUUGAUGCAGAUGAAACUAGAAGUAAUGGCAGUGAAGCAUCAAGAAGUGGAUCUCCUUGGUAUCAUCUGCGAAAAGAUGCAACAGCAUUUGUUUCACAAACUCUUCAGCGAGGGCGAAAGAAUCUUUGGCAGCUUACAACAAGCCGAGUAUCAGUGUUGCUUUCUUCUGCAGCUAUUAGCUCUAUGAGCACACACCAAUUCUUGAAAAAUUACGAAGAUUUGAAUGUAUUCAUCUUGGCCGGGGAAGCCUUCUGUGGAGUUGAAGCAGUUGAGUUCAGACAGAAGUUGAAGGCUGUAUGCGAAAACUAUUUUCUUGCAUUUCAUCGGCAAAAUAUUCAUGCACUCAAAAUGGUUUUGGAAAAGGAAAGUUGGCUGAAAUUGCCACCAGAUACAGUCCAAUCAAUUAGUUUUGCUGGACUUGUUGGCAAUGGGGCUGCCCUGAUAGUUCCAUCUCACGGUAUCUCUUCAAAUGUAAAAUUGCAUCAUUCUAACAAAUCAGUGAAUUCCAUUGAUGCCACUAUCAAAAAGAGUGGAUUUACCUCUUGGAUUAAAAGUGGAAAUCCAUUUUCGCCAAAAAUAAUCUCCACUUCAGUGGAAGGCCACAGUUCAUCCCUGCUUAAUGGGGCAACUGCUGGUGAAUAUGAUGGACAUGCUAAUGAUAGUUAUCACGGUGAUCAGGCGUCUCCCCAUAGUGGUGGUGCAAGUCAUAAAAAUGGAACUCCUUUUUCAGAAGAUGAAAAUGAAGAUCUUCUUGCAGACUUCAUUGAUGAGGACAGUCAACUCCCAAGUCGAAUUUCAAAACCAAAAGUUCCUAAAAGUAACUUUUCACAUUGUAAAGAUGAUGAGAUAUCUGCACAGACAGGAUCAUCUCUCUGUCUUCUCAGAUCAAUGGACAAAUAUGCAAGGUUCAUGCAGAAACUAGAAAUAGUAAAUGUUGAGUUUUUUAAGGGUAUAUGCCAGUUGUUUGAGAUUUUCUUCUAUUCUGUGUUUGAAACAUUUGGUCAGCAGAACUCUAAUUCAAAUGGAAAAUCUGACCCUCUCAAUUAUCGGCUGAAGACUGCUAUAUCCAGAAUUACACAAGAUUGUGACCAAUGGAUAAAGCCUCAGCUGACCCCUGUUUCAUCCUCAUCCCCUACGUCUUUGAGUACAUAUAUGCAUGGAGAUGUAACACCGGCUAGUCCUCCAAAUCAUUCCACAUCCUUUGGUCUCAAGGAAAGAUGUGCUGCUGCUGAUACCAUAUCUCUUGUUGCUCAAAUAUUACACAGAUCUAAAACCCAUCUUCAGUCAAUGCUUCUUCAGAAUAAUCCAGCUAUAGUGGAAGACUUUUUUGUCCUUGUGGUGGACUCUGUACCAGAUGUUAUAGAGCACUUACACCGGACCACUGCAAGAUUACUUCUUCACAUUAACGGCAGGUAUGUUGAUCGGAUAGCUAAUGCUAAGUGGGAAGUAAAAGAGCUUGGUCUAGAGCAUAAUGGGUAUGUUGAUUUACUUUUGGGAGAGUUUAAGCACUAUAAAACGAGGCUUGCACAUGGUGGAAUUCACAAAGAGGCACAAGACCGUCUUUCAGAAUAUGGUGUUGAAAUCGUCGCUGAAACCCUCAUAGAAGGUCUAUCACGGGUGAAGAGGUGUAGUGAUGAAGGACGAGCUCUUAUGUCAUUAGAUCUUCAGGUUUUGAUCAAUGGCCUCCAGCAUUUUGUCCCCAUAAAUGUUAAGCCAAAAUUACAAAUGGUUGAAACUUUCAUUAAGGCCUACUACCUUCCAGAAACCGAGUAUGUACACUGGGCUCGUGCUCACCCGGAAUACACUAAAAAUCAAAUUGUUGGGUUGAUCAAUCUCGUUGCUGCAAUGAAAGGUUGGAAGAGAAAAACCAGGUUGGAAGUGAUCGAGAAAAUUGAGUGAGCUGUGACUUGAGACAGUCAUGUUAGUGUUUUGGGUAUAUAAAAUCCUGCACUCCACUAAUAUAUAUGUUUUUUAUAACAUGAAUGGUGUAUAUUGCAUAUUAUUCCCCUGCUUCUUGAUUAUGUUAGGUUGUAUAUCUUGUAAUACAUGGUUUUCCCAAUGGGGGAAUAUCAAAUGUAAUUUUGGAUCACAUUAUACGGCCAAUAAUGAAUUCGUGGGUAGAUUUUAUUUCAAUUACUCAUGGCUGCAAAUAUUAUGAUCGAGGUGCCCAUUUGUAACUGAUCAAGAACAAAAGAACGUUUGAGAAUUAAAGAUUUGCAAAACCAUUAGGUCUUUUUUGGAGUC